UUUGCCGCUUUGCUAGAGUGAGAAUAUAUAUAUCGUUGAAAAAGAAAAAAUGGUAUUUUAUUUUAAAAGUAAUGUAGUUGAUCCUCCAGCUUUGCUCUAUAUGGGAAAAGAUAAACAUGAGAAUGAAGAAUUAAUUAAGUGGGGAUGGCCAGAAGAUGUUUGGUUUCAUGUAGGAGACAACUUAUCAUCAGCUCAUGUUUAUCUCCGAUUGGAAAAGGGUCAGACAAUUGAUACCAUACCUACGAGUGUCCUGAAUGAUGCUGCUCAACUGGUCAAGGCUAAUAGCAUACAGGGCAAUAAGUUAAACAAUAUCGAUAUCAAUUACACAAUGUGGCAAAACCUUAAAAAAACCGCCGAUAUGGAAGCCGGACAGGUGGCAUAUCACAAUGAGAAGGCAGUAAAGAAAAUGCGCGUAGAAAAGCGAAUUAAUUAUGUAGUAAACCGAUUGGGUAGAACUAAAACCGAAGAUUAUCCAGAUUUAAGAUUGCAACGUGAACAGCGCGAUGCUUUAGAAAGAGAAGAACAAAAGGCUGAAGUUCGUCGGCAAAAAGAGUUGGAAAAAAAAUUGGAAAAGGAGAAACAACAGGAACAAGAAUUACGAAAUUAUACAUCGCUGCUGCAAGCGGAUAAAAUGACUUCAAAUUAUGAUAACGGUAAUGAAUCGGAUAAUUUUUGGUAGAAAUAAUAAAAACUGAUAAAAGAAAAUGUUAUUAAUAAUUACAAGUCUUUGAAAUUGUAUUCUAAUAUUUCUAAAUUCAGUUUAUUACGGACACAAAUGCUUUAGGUUUUUGUUGUUAGUUUUUUUAUCGUUAACUAAUUUUUUUUU